AUGCAACCCUGGAAUGGUAGAGAAAAUGAAUUUAAGUUAUUCGAGCAAAGUGUUCGUGGACUUAUGGAUUGUUGGUCUACAUUAAGACUAUGUGUUGAACAUCAAUUUGGUGGUGUUAACUCACAACAAAAAAAAGAUUCAAUGGUCCAAAGUAUUAUAUCAAAAUAUAGAACAAAAGGAAAUACAAUUAAUCCACAUUCAAUCAUUGAUUUUCUAUAUAACUUCUUUGAACAAAAAAUGAAUACAAGUUGUGAAGAUGAAUCUAUUGAAGACGUUGCAGAAUUAAUAAGUAGACUAUGUGCUGAAUGUAUUGUAGGUGAUACAACUUUAGCACAAAAUAUUAUUGAAGAAGCUAAAAAACCAUUAGACUCUGCAGGGUUCCAACAAUUCUUAAAUGAAGAUGAGGAGUAUGAAGAAGAUGAUGAAAGUGAUGACAAUAAAAAAGAAGUAUCAGAUGAUGAAAGUGGAGAAUAUGAUCCAAAUGCUGGAGAGUAUGAUGAAGAUAGUGAAGAAGAUGAAGAAGAAGAAAACACUGAUAGUUCAGACGAGGAAAACAAUGAAGAAGCCUCAAGGGAAGAAAAUGAAAGUAGUGUGAAAGAAGAAGAAGUUUAA